CAUUACGCUCCUUCCCCACAAUCUCACAGAUAUGGUACUACGUGCUUAUCCAAACUACCUAUAAAUAUCCCAACCCCGCAAAACUUCAUAGUUCUCAUCCCCACAAAAUGACAACUCCCAUAUUCACCUUCACGUUCCUCCCUCUCUUCCUCCUCAUCUCAUCAAUCUUCACUCCCAUAACUGCCAACAAUCUCAUCUCUGAAACCUGCAAGAAAUGUGCUCGGAACGACCCCAACCUGAGCUACAAGUUCUGCGUGACUUCUCUCCAAGCCGCCCCAAACAGCCACGGCGCCGAUCUCCGGCGACUCGGCCUCAUCUCCAUGAAGCUAGUCCAGCACAACGUGACCAACACAAGGCACUUCAUCAAGCAUCUUCUCAAGAACAAGAAGCUUGACAAGUUCGUAAGGGCGCGUUUGGAUGACUGUUUGGAGCUUUACACAGACGCCAUACCCACCAUCAAGCAAGCCAUCAAGAAUUACAAAAAGAAGCACAACAAAGACGCCAAUAUCGAAGUGAGUUCGAUCGUCGAUGCCUCCACGACUUGCGAAGAUGGAUUCGAGGAGAGACCAGGGUUGGUUUCGCCAUUAACGAAAAGGAACAAAGAGACGUUUCAGCUGUGUAUUAUAGCGCUUUCGAUUAUCAAUAUGGACGACCUCAUCUCCGCUCUUGAGGAGGAGGACACCAACCCUCCCCGCCGGCCACCUAACUUGACAGAACCACGUCGCCAUUUGGACAGCGCAAUCACUACCACACAACAACCACACCGACUGGGGUUAUUCCACGAACAUCCAUCACCGGACAUUGGGUCCAUUCUGACCGGUCCGACGACGCCGCCUGGUUUUUCUAACAACUGUAGAGGCAGCUCUCUAGGGUUUCGCUCUCACAGAGGAGCAAAAGUAAAGUAAAAAU